GCAGAAGCUGAGAGCAUUGAGUGGUAGCGGAUUGGAUCGGCGGUGCUGCGGUGGAGCGGUUCUGCGGCGAUGUGCGCGGCGGGGAGGCGCUGGGGCCGGCGGCAGCGAGCUCUGCUCUGGGCCGUCCUGCUGGCGGCGUGGGAGGCGGCGUGGGGGCAGCUGCGCUACUCGGUGCCCGAGGAGAUGCCCAAGGGCUCGUUCGUGGGCGACGUGGCCAAGGACCUGGGGCUGCAGUUGCCGGCGCUCCGAGAUAACGGCGUUCAUAUCUUGGACAAAGGUAGGACGCAGUAUUUCGCUCUGCACGGGAAGACGGGACAUUUAGUGACGGCAGAGAGGAUCGACAGAGAGCAGCUGUGCGAGAGCGUGCAGCAAUGUGUGCUGCGCUGUGAGCUGAUAGUGGAGGGACAGAUGCAGGUUUAUGGAAUACAAGUGGAAAUCACGGACAUUAAUGAUAACUCACCCAGCUUCCGAGAGGCAGAAAAAGAACUGAGAAUGAGCGAGAUGACUGUUCUGGGGUCGCGGUUUCCCUUCCACGCUCAUGACCCGGACUCGGGCCGGAAUUCCCUGCAGAGCUACGAGCUGAGCGGUGACGAGCACUUCUCGCUGGCCGUGCAGGCGGGCCCCGGCGGCGAUCAGCGUCCCGAGCUGGUGCUGGCGAAGGCGCUGGACCGGGAGGAGGCGGCGUUUCACGAGCUGGUGCUGAGGGCGAGCGACGGCGGCGAUCCGGCACGGACAGGCACGGCUCGAAUCCGCGUGACUGUGGUGGACGCGAACGACAACGCGCCCGUGUUCAACCAGGAGGAGUACGUGGUGUGUGUGCUAGAGGACUUGCCCGUGGGCUCUGUCCUCGUCACUGUCACGGCCACGGACGCCGACGAAGGGUUAAAUGGGCAUAUUAAAUACUCGUUUAAAAAAAUCACAGAGAAAGCCUCGCAGAUUUUUCAGCUGGACCUUGACACGGGAGCGAUUACAUUGACACGUAACUUAGACUUCGAGGACCUCACAUCCUACGAACUGGAGACACAGGUUCGUGAUGGCGGGGACCUUUCUGAUUUAGCAAAAGUCGUGAUCACUGUGACAGACGUUAACGACAACGCCCCCGAACUCACAGUGUCGUCGGCGUUGAGCGAGAUCUCUGAGGAUGCCCCGUCAGGGACCGUCGUAGCCUUGGUACACGUGGAGGACCGAGACUCGGGUGCCAACGGCGAGGUGAGCUGCUCGCUGGACGGGGAUGUCCCAUUCCGCCUGGAGAAAUCUUUUGAUGAAUACUAUCGCGUGGUGACGGCGAGAGAGCUGGACCGGGAGCAGGUGUCGGAGUACAACGUGACGGUGCGGGCGGCCGACGGCGGGUCGCCGGCGCUGCAGAGCAGCGCGGUGCUGGCGCUGCGGGUGCUGGACGUGAACGACAACGCGCCGGUGUUCUUGGAGGAGCGCUACAGCGCGCGUGUGGCGGAGAACAACGCGGCGGGCGCGCUGGUGCUGACGGUGCGCGCCACGGACGCGGACUGGGGGCAGAACGCGCGCGUGCGCUACCGGCUGGCGGAGGGGCGGGUGCGGGGCGCGCCGCUGUCGUCGUACGUGUCGGUGCAGGCGGAGACGGGCGCGCUGUACGCGCUGCGCUCCUUGGACUACGAGCAGCUGCGCGAGCUGCAGCUGUGGGUGCGGGCGGAGGACGGCGGCGCGCCGGCGCUGAGCAGCAACGUGUCGGUGCGGCUGCAGAUCGUGGACGAGAACGACAACGCGCCGCAGGUGCUGUACCCGCCGCCGGCCGCCGCGGCGGCGGGCUCGGGCUCGGUCGGUGGGGCGUGGUCGUGCGUGGAGCUGGCGCCGCGGCGGUCGGAGGCGGGCGCGCUGGUGGCCAAGGUGGUGGCGGUGGACGCGGACGCGGGGCAGAACGCGUGGCUGUCGUACGAGCUGGCCAAGGCCACGGAGCCGGGGCUGUUCCGCGUGGGGCUGCACAGCGGCGAGGUGCGCACGGCGCGCUCGCCGCUGGCGCGCGACGCGGCGCGCCACAGCCUGGUGGUGCUGGUGCGGGACCACGGGCGGCCGGCGCUGUCGGCCACGGCCACGCUGAGCGUGGUGCUGGCCGAGAGCGUGGCCGAGCUGCUGGCCGAGCUGGGCAGCGCGGCCGACGAGGCGGCGUUGCCGGCCGAGCCGGCCGCCGGCCUGACGCGCUGGCUCGUGCUGGCCGUGGCCGCCGUGUCGUGCCUCUUCGUGGCCUUCCUGCUGCUGCUGCUGGCGCUGCGCCUGCGCCGCUGGCAGCGCCGCCAGCUGCUGCCGCCCGACAGCGGCGCCUUGCGCGGCGUGCCCGUCUCGCACUUCGUGGGCAUCGACGGCGUGCGCGCCUUCCUGCAGUCCUACUCGCACGACGUGUCGCUCACGGCCGACUCGCGCAAGAGCCAGCUGCGCUUCUCGGCCGGCAGCUCCUGCGACACCCUGCCGGCCCGGCCGCCGCCCGACGAGCCCGCGCAGCUGCUCGGCGACGAUCUUGCCGGCGCUCUCCCCCUGGACUCUGCCCCUCCUUCG